AGACAAUGGGUGUAGGAGGGGGAAGGAAUAAUGAGAAAGGAGAAAAGGAGGGGAAAUAAGAGGAAAACAUUUGUUAAACUAACAAGGGUUCGACACGACUAGAAACUUAAUAGAGGCACACGACCUGUUUAAACGGAUUAACCUCCUCAGCAAAACCUGUUUGGCAUGGGAACAAGACUCCCAGAGACACAGGAGGUCCAGACUGGAAAAUAACCAGUGCAGGACUGGCAUCUCGUAAAAAAGACUCGCCUCUUACAAGCUCUAGGAAUGGGCGGCCUUCCAGUGGUCCUGCUCCUCUGCAGUUUCCACGCGUUCACAGCUGUCGUCCAGGCCCAGCAAACUGAGGCUCCUGGGACAUCUGUCAUCCCCCUCCUGCCACCCAACUGCAGUGAGCAGAAGUAUCCAUGCACCAGGAUGUACUCAGUUCAGCGGCCCAUGAAGAAGUGUGUUGGUUCCAUGUGCUUCUACAGCUUGCCUCGCGUCUAUCUCAUCAACAAAGAGAUCUGCACCAGAAUCCUCUGUGACGACGACGAGUUUCUUCAAGCGGAGCGGUGCCGGGAGCAGGCCGGAUGGCCGAAGCGCCUUCAGAGGUCAACCAAUCAGAAACGCUGUCAGGAUCACCGUGGCAACCUCAAAACCUGGGCAAACAAGCCUUGAUGGGGCCAACAUGGUGGCAUGCACCACAUGCGGGACUGCAGGUCCUUAGAGACACAACCCAGGGGCGUAGUCAUAAAAACAACCCAUAACACUAUAAAUCCACUUCUCAACACCUGAUGGUGUCUUUCUCUCUCUCUCUCUCUCUCCUACACCAUACUAUGUUUAUGUUAGCACAUUAUAAUAAUGAUUCUAGACAAGGAUGAUGUGAUCUGCUGUUUUCUGUUGAUUGAUUACAUAGAAUAACUAGAAUCAGCUAGGUGCUAUAUAGCAACAUCCUUUUAUUCUGAAGGUUGUACAAACCUGUGCUGUGAUUACCUGCUAGGUACUAACUGCAAAUCAAGUUGUGCACCAUUAAAAGUAUAAUCAACCCUAUUGCUGCAACUAUCACUAAAUAGCUGAUGUUCUCCUCCACGGGCUACCACUCCUUCCCAUGCCAUCAACUUUAUUAAAAAAUAACAAAUUAAAGUGUGUGGUCUUUG